AUGGAUUCCUCGCAUGACAAGAUAAUAAUUAAGGAUUUGAUCGUACGGACUAUACUGGGGGCUGAUUAUUGGGGACGUGUAAAAAAGCAAUCUGUCACUAUUAAUCUGGCUUUGUACAAGGAUAUUAGUCAAGCUGGUCAGACUGAUCGUCUACCAUUUUCAAUCAAUUAUUCUACUGUAUGUAAAGAGGUCACUGCAUUUGCUGAAAAAACAUCUCAUGAAUCAGCUGAAGCAUUAGCUGAAGGUAUUGCUAAGAUAUCCAUUAAGGAUUGCAACGCUCCGAAAGUUACUGUUCGCGUCGAGAAACUACAAGCAUUGCUUCAUGCUGCGUUAGCUGGUGUAGAAAUAACUCGAAGUGCCGAGGAUUAUGUUUCCCUUGGUUUCAAUUUGGAUGCGCUACCCGUCUCUAUCCAUAGGAAUCAUGACACUGUGUUUGUGAAAGACUUGAGGCUUAGUACGAUAAUAGGUGUGAGACCAUGGGAACGUGAGGAAAAGCAGGUUGUCGUGUUAAACUUGACAAUUUAUCCUCAAUUUCGUGUGAAAUCGCUCCAGAAUGAUGGUACCGCGAAUCCAUAUGACUAUCAGACGGUCGCGCGAAAAAUAUCGCAGCACGUUGAGGAGUCUAAAUACUUGACAAUUGAGGCAUGCACCACGGCAGCUGCACAUAUAGCCUUGACAGAAUGCCAUGUUAACAAGAUAACCGUUCGUGUUGAGAAACCUAAUGCAAUAACUUUUGCUAGCUCUGCAGGAGUAGAGAUUACCCGAACUACAUUUUCGCUAGAAGACAAGAUGCGACAUCUCGUAUUACCGUAUCUGAAUCGCGCAAGCUUUGAAUUAAAGAAAAGAGUCGAUGGAGCGUCUGCUUGCACUGUUUCUGUUGAUGAUGCUAAGCUAUCAGAGGAAGAUGGUCACAUCGCCUUUCUUGCCCUUGGAUCUAAUAUAGGUGAUAGUAUAGCAAAUAUUAAGGAGAGCUUGCAACUAUUGGAGAAGGACAACAACUGUAAAGUACUAGAUACCUCAUUUUUGUAUGAUACUUCGCCCAUGUAUAAUGUAGAUCAGCCCAGAUUCGUAAACGCGGCAUGUAAGGUAACAACAAGCCUGUCCGCAGAGGGUUUACUUAAGUGGCUGAAAUCUAUAGAGAGAGAUAUGGGUCGGUCCAGCGUCGAAUUAAUAAGAAAUGGUCCGCGUAUAAUCGAUCUUGACAUACUCUUUUAUGAUAACAUCGAGUACACCUCGGAAACAUUGACUAUUCCACAUCCUCGUAUAAGUGAGCGCGAAUUUGUAUUGCGUCCAUUGAACGACAUUGCUCGGGACAUUGAACAUCCAAUAUUAUUCAGAACUUGUAACCAACUUCUCUCGCAGCUUGUAGGCUCGCCUGAUUACGAGGCAAAUGAAGACGGGGUGCAAAAGUUCAUGCCGAUUAGAAACAGCAAAUGGUCCUGGGGUAAUAAGACAUUUAUUAUGGGUGUGCUAAAUGUUACACCCGACAGUUUUAGUGAUGGCGGAUUGUUCAAUACUGUUGAGACUGCUAUUGCUCAUGCAGAGAAACUUGCGUUGGAUGGAGCAGAUAUAAUUGAUAUUGGUGGGUAUUCUACGCGCCCGAAUGCUGACGAGGUACAAGUGGAUGAAGAAUUAAAACGGGUUAUCCCUGUCAUUCGGGCUAUACGUGAAAAAGGACACAAGGAUAUGAUUAUUUCCAUUGAUACCUUCCGUGCAGCGGUUGCCGAAGCUGCUAUUGCUGCUGGAGCAGAUAUGAUUAAUGAUAUAUCUGGCGGCCUGAUGGAUCCUCGGAUGUACGAUGUCAUGGCACGUAUGGACGUUCCUGUUUGUAUUCAACAUACUCGAGGAACACCAAAGACCAUGAGGGAAUUGACCCAAUAUGAUGAUCUUAUAGAAGAUAUCUGUUAUGAACUCUGUGAACGUGUUGAACGAGCGAUUCGCGCAGGAGUUAAGAGAUGGAAUAUUAUCAUUGAUCCAGGUAUUGGGUUUGCUAAAAAUGCGCAGCAAAAUUUUGAAAUAUUGCGUCGUUUACGUGAUAUAACAGGAGAAAAUAGCCCUUUUGAGGGAUUUCCUUGUCUAGUUGGACCAUCAAGGAAGACCUUUAUUGGAACAGUUACUCAAAAACCAGACGCCGAGACGCGUGUAAUGGGUACUGCUGCUGCUUGUACUGCUUGUAUUUCUGGAGGUGCUGACUUAUUGAGGGUUCAUGAUGUGAAGGAAAUGGUUGAUGUCGUUAAAGUAUCUGACAACAUAUGGCGAUACAAAUGA